GUUUCUAUUUCCGGUAAUAAUAAACCGCGCUCGUGCGGGAGAAUUUAGAAUUCUUCGGUCGAUUUCUUCUUUGUAUUAGUUUGUUUAUUCUUAAAAACUCAGACAAAUUGUUAUAUUAUGUUCUUUAUCUCAUUUUGUCUUGGAAAUUGAAAACUGAAAAUGAAUGAUUACAAUGAACCAUGUAUGUUCAUCCAUCGGCCGUCAUCUGCUAGAUCGCAGGAUACGUCUCAUAUACUUUCAAGAAUUUUCCGAGACCUGUAUCAAAGAGAUCCAGUGACAAAUGACACUGUUAAUUUUCUAGUACAGUCUAAGGAGGGUGAUGAUGAAGUUCAUACACAAUAUGUAGCUGAAUUAAAAAAGGUAACUGAGGAGAGGGACAAAAAAUUUUCUGAAAUAAGCAUGCUAGAACGACAUAUUCAACAAGCUCAAGCAGCCUCAAUACUAGCUGAUGAACGACAAUUAGAAAAUCGUCAGAAUAUGCCUGAUUUGGGACUGCCUCCAGAGAGAUCCCAUUUUAGAAGAUAUCUCGAUUCAGAUCUACUAAGAAAGUAUAGCUUGAUUGUUCCAGAGGACUACAACCCUAUAGAACUCCCAAUUGUACACCCACCCAGUGCUGGAGAACCGAAUUAUACAAGAGAAACUGUUAAUUAUUCUAGAAGAAGUAAUCGCCACUCAUCUCAAAUAUCUGACAGAAAAAUUCUACAAAAGGAUGAUUUUGUUGACGAUUUUGGGCAUUUACCUUCAGAUGAUGACAGUGUUCCAGAUACAUCAGCUCCCCCUCAAUCAAGCAAAAAGAAGAGAAACCUAAAUCAAAGCCAAGAGAUGGAAAAACUUCUGUGGAAAAAACAAAUGUCUGCAGAUGCUCGCCAAGAUGCAAGAGCUCAAUUAGCAAACAUGCAAGCAAGAGUAAACUUUUUAAGAAAUCCACGUUAUGUAUCAGAAGUAAGCGAAAAUCUAUUGUCUAAAGGAAAUCAAGUAUUCUUACCCAUUCCUGAGGUCGUUAUUAUUUCUGAUUACGUUCCAGGAAAAGUUUACGAGGUUGAUCUUGAGUUAAAGAAUAUAACUAAGGUCUUAAGAAAUGUUCGAGUUAUUCCACCAAGAACUACGUAUUUUUCAAUUGGUUUGGGUAGAUUUCCUGCUGAGAAUGGUCUAAUUGCCUCUGGAAUGAGCUGUCAAUUUACCGUUCGAUUUGCACCUGAUAGCCUAGCAGAUUUUGAAGACGAUCUCGUUGUUCAAAGUAAUGGUUGUGAAUUUAUUGUCCCUCUUAAAGGAAAAAGACAACCACCCAUACUAAAUAUUCCUGAGGUCAUAGACCUUGGCGGAUCCUUAGUGGGAGGGACAAAAGUUGGACAAAUUCAAGUACAGAAUACUGGUGGAAACGGAAGAUUUGCUGUAGUUCCAGGAUCCUCUUGGCCAACUACACAAUUCAAAGUAAAGUCUCAAGGAGGAGCAGUUGCAGUACCUCCCUUUGAGUUUAGACCAUCUCUUUUUGCAGUCCGACCUGGUCAGAGUACUGUACUAGAAAUAUCUUUCUCACCUAAAGAAGUUAAAGAGUAUGAGACAUAUGUUACGAUUGUCUGCGAUAAUUGUCAUGUUAAACAUAUAAAACUAAUAGGUGAAGGUCAGCUUGCAACAGUCGAAAUAUCUGAGGUGGAAGGUGGAGAAAAGAUUCCGGCAGCCGGAGAUUUAGCUGAUACUUUAUGUGAUCAUUUCAUCGAUUUUGGAAUUCUGCAUCCUUACACAUACAUGGAAAAAUCCUUUAUUGUUACCAACCGAACAGCUGUUGAUCUUCCUUUCGUUUGGGUGAUAAUUAAACCAGAUUUUAGGGAGAAACCUAAUGAGAUCAGAGUUCGAGAUGUCGAUACUAGGUUUAGUAUAACGCCAGAUACAGGCUUGCUAUUAGCAAACGAGAGCAUGAAGUUCUUAUUGGCGUUCGCUCCCCCGACCCCGAAACUUUAUCACUCCGUCCUUCAUUUUGUCCUACCUCAAAUGCCUGUACCUAAGACACCUGCUGUUGACCAGUCGAGACCAUCCAGUUUGACAAGUUUAAAUAGAGGUUCUUCCGUGCAAACGGAUUUGGAGGACGUAGCUGCCUUACAAAUAGAUAUUAGAGGAACAUGUGAUCCUUUUUCAGUCAUUUUUGAACCUUACGCCCUCCAUAUUCCUGGUACGAUACCAGUACAAACUGUUGUGAAAAGACCAAUUCAUGUCUUAAACCAGAGUCUUAGCCCCAUAGUAUUCUCUUUCCAACGGGUAACUGAACCAGCAAUUAUCCAUGCGGAGCCUGCAGAAGGGGAAAUUCCUCCCAACUCCGAUUGUCUAGUAGAGAUUUGCGUUAGUGGACCGAUUCCAGGAAAAAUGGAGCAUAACUUGAUGUGUUUAAUUCAACAUCAUGAUGAACCUGUGUAUUUAAAUGUUCAAGCGGAAUUUUCGGGGCCAGAGAUUGUAAUUGACGAGGCAUCAAUACCAUUUGGUUUAGUAAGAGAAGGUAGUCUUGAAGAACGUUGGAUUACUAUUAGAAAUCAAAGUAGAAUACCUGCUAACUGGUCAAUAACUCUGGAAGAAGGUGAGCUUGGUGAGAAUGAACUAUGUAUUGAGCCGGCAAAUGGUAUUUUACCACCUUUAAAAUGCACAAUGGUGAAAGUUGAAUUGAGUGCUCUGGCAGUUAAAUCUCUAAAUCUUUUACUAUCCGCAAAAGCAGAGGAUGGUAAUACUACCGUUUUAAGAUGCACAGCCGAAGUGCAAGCCCCAAAAGUUUGCUUAACAGAGUGCAAAAUAAAACUGGAUGAUGUGUUUAUUGAAUCAGAAAGCAGACAUGCCGUUGUCUUGUACAAUCAAACAGUUAUUCCAACCUUCUUUAAAUGGGGUAAAGUUAUUGGUAAUGGACAUUCGAAGGUAUCUGUCUCAAUGAAGCCGAAUAAGGGAAAGAUUACAGAAAGAGAGACUCUAGCUUGUAUUUUGACAAUUGUAUGCCAUUCUUUGGAAGACGUUGACGAUUUGCGAAUACCAUGUGCAAUUGAAGGACAGGCUGACCCUCUCUGGUUAUCUUUUAGUUGUACAGUUAAAGGUCUCUCAGUAUCAUUCAGAGAUGAAGAAUCAUUAUAUGGAAGUGAAAAUGUUCGGAUAAGCAUGGAUGACUUUAAAAUAGGUAGCAAAGUAACAAAAAGCCUCUUUAUGCGAAAUGAUACUUCCAUUGUGGCUCCGUUUUCCUGUUCUCUUAAGAAUUUUGGAUUCAAGCCUCCUACUCCUCCUCAUCGAGCAGCUAUGCCUAACAAAGGCCAAAGAAGAGCUCUAAUACAAAGAUCUUCGGCCACGGCUGAUCAACCUCAAUUGACUCUCAGAGCGAGGACAGAAGCUCAAAGAGCAAUUCUUAAGAACUCAAACGGAUUAGCACUAAUUCUAGAGCCAUCAGCAGGAGUUCUCGAACCUUAUUCCGAAGUUGAGAUUUCUGUUACAGCUUGUGCCAAUUUGUGGGGUGAUUAUGAAGACUUUAUUCAAUGCAAAGUCGGAGACCUUCCUAUACAAGAAAUACCUGUAGAUGUAAAAGUAACUGGUUCUCCACUUUUAUUACAAUUAUCGGCUAUGACAACUGAUGGUAAAACUCCCGUUUUACGUUUUGGCUCUCAAGUUGCCGGAUCUUACGUUGUACGCAGACAGUUAAAGCUUCUCAAUAAUGGACCUUGCGAUAUAAGAGUAGACUUUCAAACUUUCGAUAGGCACGAAGAAGAUAAACAAUUGGUUGACUUUGUUGUUGCUUAUAAGCCCGCCUUCCCGGUGAAAGAUCAGAAAGGAGUUGAAGUUGUUCCACCAAAUGAUGAGAAAGAAAUUGAGGAAAUAACACGUCAAAAGACCAAUGAAUUACCACCACCGUCCACUGAUACCUCAUUUGUUCUAAGUAGGGCAACAACGCUCAAAGUAUUUCGAGAACCCCGACCACAAGUUCUCGAUGUUCAUGUUUUCGAGCAUGAUGGCCAAGAACCUUCAAAAUAUUUCAGUGUCGAACCAUCCCAAAUCAUUAUUCCAGCCGAUGGAACUAAUAUUGCAGUUGUGAACUACAUUCCACCUCCUUCCAGAGAAGUUAAAGCUCCUAUGGAUAUUAUUGGGCAUGCUGUUGGAUGGUUAUCAUUACCCGAAAAAGAAAAAUCGGAUACAGCCGUUUCUAGAAAAGAUGGUUAUCAUGUGGAUACUUUAGCUGUUGAAAUGACUGCAGGAGUUGUUCCAGCAAGGCUACUAGUAGAAUUUGAAGACGAAGAUGAGUUGCAUUUUCGUUCGGCAGCAAGUGACCUUUUGUGCAAAAAUAAACUACUGGAAAAUUAUAUGCACAUACGAUCUGUAACUCUUCAAAAUACGUCACAAACUCCAAUUAAACUACAAUUCAGAACGAAACCUCCGUUUUACAUUAUCGGGGAAAACGAUGAGGCAAAGUGUCAAACAGAACGCGUCAUUGUCAAGUCAAGACAACAUCUAGUUGUCAAAAUAGGCUUCCGCCUAAGUACCCAACUUUUGGAUUUAUUGCACAGUUCAGAAUACGAUAAGAGUAUUCCAUCAAAUCUGGAAACUGCAACCAGUACAUCGCCUAAAAAGACUGAAGACGACGACAAAACUGAAAAUGAAGAAGAAGAAUUCAUAACUCAUAUCGAUGAAGGAAUAUCAUUCUUUAGAAAAGGAGAUGACAGAAGACUCCAAUUUUCAUCAGAUAUAAUUUUGAAGUAUGAUAAUGGAGAAAGUGAAAUUUUACCUACAGACGCUUUCAUUCUUCUACCAUCAAUAAAAGCAUCAAAGAAUAUAUUAGAAAUAGGAACUUGCCUUGUUGGAGAGUACAGACAGCGAAUGUUCUUUCUCCAAAAUCCUUCCCUAUCUUCUUCGUUCUGGACUAUUUCAAUAGGUAAAUAAAAUAAAACAUUUGAUGUAUAUUGUUUUCAUUAUAUAAUGCUGUAUCGUAUUUCUCAGAAAAACAAAGCAGCACUUGCACGCAAGAUACAUUCAGGAUAGAACCAGAUAGUGGUAUGCUUCAUCCAGGUCAAACAACCUUAAUCAAUAUCAUAGCAACACCCAACCAUAGCGAAAAUUACGAAAUUGACUUAAUUGUUCAUGGUCUAUUAGGAGAAAUAGAUCAGAGAAUACAUGUUACGGCAAGCGGAUCUUAUGAUACAAGACACGAAGUUAUACUCCCAUCUUGAAAGGGAAUAUCGAAAAAAACUACUCCAUCAUUAUGCACUGUAUAUUUAAAUAUAUAUUUGUCAGAGAUUUACUCAUUUUAUUUAAAUAACAACUUAAAUAUUACCAA